AGAAAAGAACACCCUGAAAUUCAAUCAUUCAACCAAGUUCCGAUUCCUUUUCAUGAUUUCAUCCUCUUCGUCUUCCUCGGUUUGAAAACUUUCCCGGAAAGUAUCGAAAAUUCCCAGCACUUUCUCGGUAAUAUCGUAGGCAAAGUCCCAGAUCAUUUCUUCUAUAUAAAAACUUGGCUUUCAAACACCCAUUUCUGCAAACCCUACUUUAUUUCAUCUUUCUGCAUAUUUUCCAAUAAUUCCCAUAGUUUCUGUAUAGAAAAAAAAUAUGUUGAGAAGCGAACAAUACGAACGUAUUCUUCGUUACUUCGACAGAGACGGAGAUGGGAAAAUCUCGGCAUCGGAGUUGAGCCAUAGAUUAGCCUUAAUGGGCGGAGAACUGAAGGUAUACGAAGCGGAAGUCGCGAUCGAAACGUUGGACUCCAACGGUGACGGGUUAUUGGACUUGGAGGAUUUCAUAGGGUUGAUGGAAGGAGGAGGUGAAGAAGAGAAGAUGAAGGAUUUGAAGGAAGCUUUUGAGAUGUACGAUGCCGAUGGAAACGGGUUCAUUACACCGAUGGAACUGAAGAAAAUGUUGAGCAGACUGGGUGAGUUCAAGUCCAUUGAAGAAUGCAAGGCGAUGAUCAAGCAAUUCGAUCUUAAUGGCGAUGGUGCUAUCAGCUUCGAGGAAUUCCAGUUGAUGAUGCAAUGAUUCCAUGGCUCCUUUGCCAUUUCUUUCCCAAGGCCUGAAAUACC